AGGUGUUGAUUUCUCAAAACCAUUUCAAUAUUCCAGUUCCGUCACUCUCUCCUGCGACAAACUUUCAGAAAAUGUCUUUAAUUCCAAGCUUCUUCGGCGGUCGACGGAACAACAUGUUCGACCUGUGGGAUCCAUUCCAGGACUUCCCAUUCAUCGGCGGUGCUCUAUCGGUUCCCGGAGAAACGGCGUCGUUGGCGAACACUCGCAUUGAUUGGAAGGAGACACCGGAGGCCCACGUCUUCAAGGCCGAUCUUCCUGGGGUAAAGAAAGAGGAAGUGAAGGUAGAGGUUGAGGAAGGGAGGAUUUUGCAGAUCAGUGGAGAUAGGAGUGUUGAGAAGGAGGAGAAGAAUGACAAGUGGCACCGAGUGGAGCGCAGCAGCGGCCAGUUCAUGAGGCGGUUCAGGUUGCCGGAGAAUGUGAAGGUGGAGGAGGUGAAGGCUGCCAUGGAGAAUGGUGUUCUUACAGUUACUGUUCCCAAGGCAGAGGUCAAGAAACCCGAUGUCAAGGCCAUCAAUAUUUCUGGUUGAGAAUUACGUACAUGCACUUAAAUUUAUACCAGAAUGAUGAGACAGCCGGAGUGGCCGUGAGUUUUGAGGGUUGUUUUUUGUUUACUGUAUGGUUUUUCUUUUGGAUUUCGGCUAUGUCAGUGUCAAGCUAUGCGUUCCUUAUCUUCUAUACUUAAAACCCUUUUUCAAUAAUUCUAAAAUUUGGGAUA